AUGAAACGUUGCGACUUCGCCAAAUGCGUCAUCGAGGAUUGCAGUGAAUACGCUCUCUUCGGUGCGGAUCGAUGUCCGAUUUGCUGCGGAGCAUACUGCUACGACCAUGUCGACGAUCCAUCCAAUCAUAUCUGUCACACCAAUCCACCAUCCGAUUACCUUUUCCCGUAUAAAAGCGUAGUUGAAGACGAGAUUGCUGAAAUUCUCGAAGUCUUGAAUUUUGAUGCCAUCGUAGCUGAGGUAGAAGCUUUACGACCAGGGCACCGAUGCAUUCACGUCGAUAGACCUGAGAACGCUUCACACAUGGAAAAGCUCACUGGUGCAUACAACUUUCACCUAAUCAUAGAAUACGAUGAUGGAUUGAAAUGGGUUAUGCGAAUCAGAAGGAAACAAACUUCACUUCAACCUGAAGGGGCGCUUAUGAUGAGCCAUGAAAGUGAAAUUGCUACUCUCAAAGCGCUGUAUACAGCAGGUAUCAGGGUUCCACGCGCAUAUGCUAGACCUCAGGAUAGUAAAGUCUCCUCCCACCUCCUGUAUUUCUACCAAGAAUUCAUUGAGGGUCUUCCUACAUCUGUCGUCUUGUUCAACCCGGCUUGUACGGAAACCUUAAGGCUCGCUGGUGAAGCUCUCAUACGGAAUUAUGCAGCUUGGAUGAUCGAUCUAGAAAAAGUCACUUUCGACAAAGUUGGAAGUCUGUUUCUUACCGACAUUGGGACAAUCCACGUUGGACCGCAUGUCGAACGAGAUCGGACGAUCCUCCUCGACCAUCCAUACCUCAUCGGACCUUACGAUACCGCCAAAGAGCGCUGGAUAGCCGCUAUUGAAUGUAGGAUGAAAUUAAUUUUGGACAAGAAGGAGGUCAGCCCGUCUAAUGAGCUUCAUGCCUACUUGGUCAUGUUGGAGAUGAGAGAACUAGUGAAAGGGUGCCCAGAAUUAGAUGAAGUUGAUAGAGAUACGGGGGAAUUGAAUGGUAUAAUCGAUUGGGAUUGGGCCUCUCUCACUUGUAAAGCUGAAGCAUACGCCGCACCUGAAUACUUCAGACUCGAGCAUAGCAAAAUGUAUUCAUCCCAACCUACCACAAAAGAACGGUAUCUCAUUCAAGCUUAUGAAGACUUGGGUAGAUGUGAUCUUGCCAACUUCGUUCGAAGAGGUCGGAAAUACCAUUGGUUACACAACACCAUUUUCUGGUUUCAAUGGGACGUAAAGGAGAUGAACGCGGCUAGAAGGGCUUUUCUCGCGCUUCCGGAUGUGAUAGAAGGGGAACCGCAGACCAAUGAGGAUUGGAGAGAGAUUAUGCUCAGGAAAUUUGAUGGUGAUGCGGGUCUGAUGGUCUUGAAAGCUCAAAAGCGUCUUAACUGCCAUGAACGUCCUCGAUUGGAUCAGCCUGUGUGCUGA